AUCACACGAUCGAUGUCAUCGUUGACGUAGUUGUGAGCGGGCGUCUUAGUGCUCUCGAUAUAUGAGUGCGGUGUCGCUGUAGAAUGCGAUCUUGAUACACAUCUAACAACCAAGCCUUUCUGUACAGGAAACAGUUCUUGGACAACACUUAGCAACCAUGGCAUCUGACCUCGUUGCGCGGGCGAACCACGCCCUUGAUCUCAACGGCAACACUGUAAACGGUGCUACAGCCGACAUCGCCAUAACAACUCAUGGUUCCGAUCUCUACUUCGCUAUUUGCGCAGCCAUGGGCUUCGCCGGCUUCUGCUUCAUCGGUCUUGCCUUCCGCAAGGAGCGCCGCGACCGUCUUUUCCACUACAUCACCGCAGCUGUCGUCUUCGUAGCAUGCAUUGCCUAUUUCACCAUGGGAUCCAACCUGGGUUUCACCCCGAUUCAAGUGGAGUUCCCUCGCAGCAACUCCGUUGUGCGCGGUACCUACCGUGAGAUCUUCUACGUUCGAUACAUCGAUUGGUUCAUCACGACUCCGCUCUUGCUUCUCGACUUGCUGCUCACUGCUGGCAUGCCGUGGCCUACAAUUCUCUGGACUAUUCUCGUUGAUGAGAUCAUGAUUGUCACUGGUCUGAUUGGUGCGCUUGUCGUCAGCAGGUACAAGUUUGCCUACUUCACUUUCGGCUGCGUCGCCCUCUUCUAUAUCGUCUACCAGCUCGUCUGGGAAGCCCGCCGCCACGCUAAUCGCUACGGCUCCGAAGUCAGCAAGUGCUUCACAUACUGCGGCUCCCUGACCGCAUUCCUCUGGAUCCUGUACCCGAUUGCCUGGGGUCUCUGCGAGGGUGGCAACGUCAUUUCGCCCGACUCUGAGGCGAUUUUCUACGGUGUCCUUGACUUCAUUGCUAAGCCUUGUUUUGGUGCUCUCCUCAUCUGGGGUCACCGCAAUAUCGACCCUGCAUCGAUCGGUAUGGCCAUCAGGGAUUACGAUGGUGACGCGAUUGUUCAUGAGAAGCGUGCGCCUCACAAUAACGGCAUUAACCCUCCUCUUGAUGGACCUGUAAACACCGACGGCACCAAUGGUGUCAACGGCCACCAGGUUUAAGCGUUUUGGUGGGGUGGGUAAUGCAAAUAUACCCAUGUGUAAUGAUCAAAUUGGAACGAUCUUUGGAUUAAGACAAGUGCGACCAUUAAUAAUGUAAUGAAGGGAAAGGAAGGGCUGUGCAAGUUGUUUGGAAG